ACACCCGUCCUCUCUCUCUCUCUUCUCUCUCUCUCUCUCUCUCAUCAGAUCGGGGAACCCUCGACCAAAAUCGCUCUCCAAAUCCCUUUCAUCUCCCAAUCCUGGGAACUGUUCGUGUUCUUGGGGCGAUUGAUCGAUCGAUCGAUCGUUCGGCGUGGUUGUCGAGCCGGAACAAUUAGGGUUUGCCCUGGCGUGCUGAUUGGGGGAUUCAUCCUGCGGAUGGGCGAGGAGAAGGCGGAUCUAAAGACCGGCAGGGUGUGGGGGGUUUUGUGAUGUAACAAUUUUGGUUUGGUGGUUCUCUUUUGUCGUUUCGUAAACGGCGGUGGUGAGAAUAUAGACGGGUCGGGGUGGAGGGGGAUUUGAUGGUUCGAGGCGGAGGGGUCGGAGACAACACAACAGGGGAGGAUGAAAGGCUAUGCAUGGGCGGGAAGGUGAGGAGAGGAAACGGCGGCCGCACAUGUGGCCGGUCCCUGCGCCCGGUACAGCUCUAUCAGCAUCGUCAGCAGCUCAUCCUCCUCCUCCUCCUACUCUAGCUCAGCCGGACAACGCCUCCUCGGAGUCGGAUUCCCCUCUGUCCUCACGCGAUUCGUUCCUAAAGGAUGGGCGUAAAAUUCGAGUUGGUGAUUGUGCUCUUUUUCAAGCUGGCAAUGCACCACCUUUCAUUGGAAUAAUUCGUUGGUUUACAAAAGGCAAAGAGGAUUACCUAAAGUUAUGUGUUAAUUGGCUUUACCGACCUGCUGAUGUUAAGCUUGCUAAAGAUGUAUUACUUGAAGCUGCUCCAAAUGAAAUUUUUUAUUCAUUUCACAAGGAUGUGAUACCCGCAGCUUCAUUGCUUCACCCAUGUAAAGUUGCGUUUCUACGAAAGGGUGUUGAGCUUCCAGCUGGGAUAUCUUCAUUUGUUUGCAGACGAGUAUAUGACAUUACUAACAAGUGUUUGUGGUGGUUAACUGAUCAAGAUUAUAUCAAUGAACGACAGGAUGAAGUAAAUCAGCUUUUGGACAAAACUCGACUAGAAAUGCAUGCAACAAUUCAAUCCGGUGAGCGUUCACCUAAAUCACAUAAUAGUCCGACAAGCACACAACAGCUAAAAUCUGUUUCAGACAGUGUACAUAAUACCGGCUUUUCUCUCCCGUCUCAGACCAAGGGGAAAAGAAAGGAUAGGAGUGAUCAGGGCACUGAGCAUAUCAAGAGAGAGCGUUCUUUUCCUAAACCAGAUGAUGGUGAUUCUGCUAGCUUUAAAUGUGAGAACAUGAUAAAAGCAGAAAUAGUCAAAAUAACAGAAAAAGGUGGACUUGUAACCACUGAGGGGGUUGAGAAAUUGUUGAACCUGAUGCAACUUGAUAGAACUGAGAAGAAAAUAGAUGUUGCUGGUAGGGUGCUGGUUGCAGAUGUGAUUGCAGCCACUGAUCGAUAUGAUUGCCUUGGCAGGUUUGUGCAGCUUAGGGGUGUGCCGAUUCUGGAUGAUUGGCUUCAGGAGGUGCGCAAACCUAAGGCUGGUGAUGGUAGUAGUCCCAAAGAAAGUGAUAAAGCUGUUGAGGAAUUACUCUUGGCUCUUCUUCGUGCACUCGCUAAACUACCUGUGAACCUUAAUGCUCUACAGACUUGUAACAUUGGUAAAUCUGUGAAUAAUUUACGGAACCAUAAAAACUCAGAGAUCCAGAAGAAAGCCAGGAGCCUUAUCGACAUUUGGAAGAAACGGGUUGAUGCCGAAAUCACAAAGACCGAUGAUGCAAAAUCUGUUGCGCCGAGCCAACCUGUUUGGCAAGUAAAGCCAGGAUCUUCUGAUAUUUCUAAUGCGGGAAAUAGACGUGCUGGAUCGACUGAGGUGGGUGUGAAGAGCCCUGCAACUCAGAUUGCAUCAUGUAAAAUUAUGCCUGGUAAGCCUGGAACAUCGGAUGCUGUUGUGAAGUCAUCUUCAGUGACACAAGGGUCUUUGAAAAAGGGAUCAACUCUGACAACAUCUACUGCAGUUGUCUUGAAGGACCCACUUUGCAAAGCAGCCGCUAACAUUGGGAGUGCAGAGAUGCCGCCAACAGCAGGCAAAGAAGAGAAGAACAGUAGUUUAAGUCAAUCUCAGAACAAUAGCCAGACUUGUUCUACUGAUCGGGCAAAAGUUGGUACUUCGUUGAAGGAAGACACAAGGAAUUCAAGUGCUGGGUCAAUAAAUGCUGCCAAGGCUGUCGGCUCAUCUCGUCACCGAAGAUCUAGCAAUGGGGUCUCGGGAACCAGUAGUUCUGGAGUUCAGAAGGAAACUAAUCUGGGUAAAUCUGGUUCCCUCAAUAAGACUACAACUUUGGAAAAAUCAUCACUAUCAGGAUUGACAUGUGAUAAACCAAUUGAUACACCUGCUGUAGAUAAUGGAAAUAAUCAGAGACUCAUUCUUAGGCUUCCGAAUCCUGCUCAAAGCCCUGCACAAAGUGCAAGUGGAGGUUCUUUUGAAGAUCCAUCAAUUUCAGGCAGCAGAGCAUCAUCUCCUGGGGUCUCAGACAAGCAUGAGUACAAUGAUCGUAGAACAAAACUAAAGGGUGAUGUUUGUCCUAAUACUGCUACAGAUGCUAAUGCAGAGUCUUGGCAGAGCAAUGAUGUCAAAGAACUGGCAGUAGGAGCUGGAGGUUUUAUAUCACCUGCUGUUGAUGAAGAGCAUGUUUUGACUACUGAAGAUACCGGGAAGGCCGCAGAGGCUCCAAUAGCUGCAUGUUCAUCAUCUGGAAAUUAUAGGGGGGUCUUCUUGACUGAACCCAGGACAAGGGGAUCUUUUAGUUCUAUAAAUGCCUUGAUCGAAAGCUGUGUCAAAUACUCUGAAGCAAAUACUCCUUUGGUUGUUGAUGAUGAUAUUGGGAUGAAUCUACUUGCUAGUGUGGCAGCUGGAGAAAUGACCACGUCUGACUUAAUUUCUCCUACCAGCUCUCCUGGAACUUCGCCUGUGACAGAGGAUCCGUCUACGGAGGCCAAGCCAAGGUUGCCAAGUGAUGAUGCAGCCCAGAGCCAUUUUGAGUCAGAUGAAGUUGUCGUUGCCGAUUCCAAUAAGCAAGAGAACAGUGUUGCUUCUAUCUUAACUAAGGAUGCCUCAUAUCAGGAUGGUGCAAACUUUUCUGGAGACAAUGGAAUUGCUGUCCCCUUGCAGGAUAACAAAUUGAUAAGCGGUCAUGCGGAGAAAUCUUUUGCUGCUCUGAGUCCUAAAACUGAAGACUAUUAUGCUACAUCUGAGCUGAAACUUGAGGGAGAAAGAGAUCGGCAUUUUUCCAUGUCCAAACCAGUUAAAAGGGAGAAGCAGGACACUGAUAGAGCGUUUCUGCUUGAGGAACAACGGUUAACAGAUGAGAAGGUUCUAGACUGUCAUACAGAUUGCAAGCUUAAAGAAAGAGGCUUAUCAGCAGAUGGAAGCAUGCAUGUUGAAUGUGCUUAUCAAACGAUUGAAGAUGGCAAUCCAUGUAACUCUGAAAUUGCUUUUAAAAAUGGAUGUGAUUUUGACCUUUCUUCUUCAGGGAUUAAUACAGAAAAGCUUUUUGUUGAGGAGUCUCAAAUAUGUACUACCGGAAAAGAAACAACCGAGGUUGUAACCUCAUCUGACCAGCAGCAACUUCUGAUAACAGAUGAUAGAAGUGGUGAUGCUGUUAUGUCAUCUCAUGAUGUGCCGUGUCCUGAAAAUGCUGAUGAAUCCAGGACUUGUGUGCCUGGUAACAUAGGGGGAAGUCACUUGGAGUCAAAUGAUAAACAGGUAGAUAACAGCCUCAAUCCAAGUAACCUUGAUGAAUCAGCUAGACCAGCAACUGCCUCCGACACUGCUGGGGUUGAAGAUUUGAAAGUAACGGAGGCUCAUGAAACUUCUCCAGUGGGAUCAACCAGUCAAGAACCACCAUCGAGUUGUACGAACCAAGAUACUGGUUAUCAAUCAGAGGCUGCUGGUUCUAGGUUAUCAAUGGGAUUAGCCAGUCAAGAAACACCAUUGUGUUGUAUGAACCAAGAUACUGAGAAUCAAUCAAAGCCUGCUGGUUGUAGAUUAUCUGGGAUUGUUGGAGAUGGGAGGGAGGAUCUUGCGUCAUCUUUAGAGGCCUCUUUAUUGGCUGUUACUGCUGAUUCAGAUGUUGCCAGUAAGCUUGACUUUGAUUUGAAUGAAGGCAUCCCUGGAGAUGAUGGAAACAAUGGUGAGACUGCUGUUUCAGUUGCAACAUUCUGCUCCACGGCAAUUGAUUUGCCCUGCCUGUCUCCUUUUGCAAAUCCAAUGUCAAAUGUCUCACCUGCUCCAAUAACAGUAGCUGCACCAGCAAAAGGGGCUUUUGUUCCACCUGAAAACUUGCUUAAGAGCAAGGAUGAGCCUGGAUGGAAGGGUUCAGCUGCUACUAGUGCUUUUCGGCCAGCAGAACCACGAAAAGUUCUGGAGAUGCCACCAAGUAGUCCUGACAUGCCACCAUCUGACUCUGCUGGGAAAGAGUGUCGUGCUCCACUCAAUUUUGAUCUGAAUGAACCCGAUGAGGGAGUUCUUGAAGACAUGACCAUGCAGAGCUUUUCUAAGACCACAGGCUUUGAGCUGGGGACAGAAAGCAAUCUUGAUGUACCCCCACAGAUUUCUGGAGGACUUGAUCUUGAUCUAAAUAGAACUGAUGAAGGUACAGAAAAUGGCCAGUUCUUAGCAAGCAGCUCCCAUAGACUGGAGGUGCCACUUUUGACUGUAGGACCAGCAUUAACAGUAUUACCUAGUAGGGAGGCCAAUAUGUUAAGGGACUUUGAUUUGAAUAAUGGACCCAUCCCUGAUGAAGUUUCCGCUGAAUCUGUAACCAGGAGCCAAAAUAUAAAAAACAUUAGCAGUAUGCCCUUCUUAUUUCCAGUUUCCAGCAUCAGAACCAACGCUGCUGAGUUAGGAAGUGUAUCAUCAUGGUUUCCCCCUGGUAGUUCUUAUCCUGCUGUUGCUAUACCAUCCUUGACCAACAGAGAGCAGCCUUAUCCAAUUGUUGCAGCUCCAGGAACCCAAAGAAUUUUGGGGCCGAUUACUGCUAGUGGCCCCUUCGGGGGUGAUGUUCACAGGGGAGCAGUGCUUUCAUCAUCUCCAGCCAUGGCAUUUACUCCUGCUGCAGCAUUUCCUUAUGCUGGCUUUACUUAUGGGUCCAAUUUUCCUCUUGCAUCAACUUCAUUUUCAGGUGCACCAACAACCUUUGUCGAUUCUUCAUCUGGUGCUGGUUCAAGUUUCCCUGCGAUUCCAUCACCACUUGUUGGACCUGCUGGUACUGUUUUAUCCAAUUAUCGAAGGCCUUACACGAUGAGCUUUCCAGAGGGUAGUACUAGUGGCGGAUCUGACAACACUCGGAAAUGGAUCACACCAAGUCUGGAUCUCAAUGCAGGUCCAGGAAAUGCAGAUAUAGAUGGAAGUUCCUGGGCAUCGAGACAACUCUUGGUGACAACCUCCCAGGCUUUCACGGAGGAGCAGGUGAGAAUGUAUACAGUGCCAGGUGGGGGUUUGAAGAGGAAGGAGCCUGAAGGAGGUUGGGAUGCCGACAGAUCUGCCUACAAGCAACUCUCGUGGCAGUAAAGGGAUCAGGAACAACAAUUCGUUAGUAGCAUCUCAUUGCGGUGAGCUAUCAUCUUUAUUAUGCGAAGUGCGUAUGUUCAUGACACGUGCUAUGUUCUAGAUUAUAUCAGAUUUUCAGCUUUGUUUCACAGGCACAGGUGUUCUUGGAAUCCUUUAUAUUGCCUUCGCAUCAUGCUAAGUUAAACAACGCGAGCCCACAUGCAUCCUGUUUCCUAACGAUGAGGGGAAAGUCUUUGAGGAAUGCCGAAACUUGCUCUAUUUCAUGUAAUGUUGAGACACGUGAUGCCUCUCUGAAACAGAUUUUCAUGGAUUCAGCGGUUGCUUUGGUUAGCAUUUCUUUAGCACGUUCAAGCAUGUUUCUUGAGGAUAUCGAUAUCAGAUAUCCGUCGGAGGAUGGCGACAUUGCCUUGUCAAGUCUUUCUUAUUUACCACAUCUUCCACAGGAGCCACAGCAAUCAGGUCCUUUUCUUCGUUCGAUGGGUCUGCGGCCGUUGAUUCCCACAGCUCAAGAUGCCAUCUGCCUUUGUUGCUCCACACAGUAGCCGAGUACUGCUACAUUCAUCGAUAACAUAGUUUGCAUGUCAGGGUACUUCCAUCUUUCCUGUGUUGAAUGCCAAACACAUUAGCAUUGAGCUGUGCAAUCAUAUAAUUCCUGUGUUAAAAGAGUUUCGCCCCAUGAAACUCAGAUGGAUCAAUUGGCAACCAACAACUGCGAUGGCCCGAGUUGUGAAGCCAGAGCAUGUUUCUUUCUUUGUUCCUAACCAACAAAAAAAAGGCGACUCUCCUCCUGUGUAGUUUUCCAGUGUUGUAAUGCCUGCUGCUUACAAGCGUUUUGGUGCCAUGUUUUUU